AUGGCGGCGACGCCGGCUUUGUCGUCACAUGAACGAACGCGAGUCGAAGACUAUCUCAACGACAAGAUUCAGGUCUCUGGGGACUUUGAGAGUCUGGACUCUUUGCUCAACAGUUUGCGGGCCCAGCAUGAGCUUCAACGGAAACAGUUAGCAGAAGCGCAAGAAGUCCUUUCGAUUGCCACUACAGCCUCCAAUGACCACGUCGAAGCCACUCGAAAACGAGCCGAAGCGUUCAACGAGGAACAAGCGGACAUCGACAGGCGCUUGAGAGCCAUCACGAAAUCGGACGCCAGCGAUGAAGCCGCGCAUAGGUUUGAAGCAUCAAUGAACAAGCUGCGACGGUUAGAGAUAUCACGGGGAUAUGUUGCUUUGCUCAAGGAGUCGGAUGAGUUGAGCAAGGAAGCUUUGAAGAAUAUAUCCUCGACGCCGCAACUCGCCUUGGAGCCGCACGCCCGAUUGAAGAAUAUCGUUUCGUCGCUGAAAGCCGCGCAGCCCGCCGCCGAAGGAGCCGCCCCUCACUUGGUCGACUAUGUCGAGAAGCUUGUGACGGGAUUGGGAGAGCAUAUGAAACAGGACUUCACCAGCCGACUACAGAAGAACCUCGAGCAGAUGAAAUGGCCGUCGAAAGACCUACAACUUUCCGAGGAUUUGUUGGCACAGUGGAGGAGUAAUCUGGAAUUGCUGCUGGGCUUGCAGACGCCGGAUUUGCAAGGGCGCGAUGUUUCUAGUGAACAAUUUGGUCUUGAACCUCCGAUUCUACUUCCAUUGGAAGUGAUGGUACACCCGCUCGAGCUUCGAUUCAAGUACCACUUCAGCGGCGACAAGCCAACCAACAGGCUUGACAAGCCUGAAUAUUUCCUAGCUCAUGUUUUGGACUUGAUGAACACCUACGGCGGCUUCUUCGCUUCUUACCUUCAACCCAUCUUCGAUGAGAGAGCCCAGAUUGUCGGACCUGACCUGGAAUGGAACUUUUGCAACGCACCUCAUGCCUUCAUCACGGCCCUUCUACCAAUGAUUAGACAGAAGACCAAGACUCUCCUUCCACAGAUUUCGAAUCAUCCUCAAUUGCUCAGUCACUUUGUCCACGAACUGAUGAACUUCGACACCGGAGUCCGCGAAUCGUGGAACUAUCUGCCAGAUCCUUAUUCCAACGAUAACUGGAAGGGAAUUACCUGGGAAGUUUUAACAAAACAAGGCUGGUUUGGCCGCUGGCUCGAGGUUGAAAAGGACUUUGCGCUGGCACGCUAUAAGGACAUCAUCGAUACACCAGACAGUGGGCAUAUUGAUUACGAAGGGGUAGAGAUAUCAGCUACCAAACCGACGAAAGCUGCUAUUCGUGUGAACGACUUACUCGAAACGAUAACUGAUCGAUACCAGCCAUUGACCUCAUUCGGUCAGAAGCUGCGCUUCCUCAUCGAUAUUCAGAUCACUAUCUUUGACCAAUUCCACGAACGAUUGGGCUCUGCGCUAGAGGCCUAUCUCGCCAUGACAUCAACAAUUGGUCGUACGGUGCAGGGGUCAGAAAGACAAGCCAGUGUUGAGGGUGUCGCGGGAUUGGAACGACUCUGCAGGGUAUUCGGAAGCGCGGAAUAUCUGGAAAAGAAAAUGGAAGAUUGGAGCAAUGAUGUGUUCUUCGUCGAGCUUUGGACAGAGCUCCAAGAACGCGUCAAACAGAACAAGAACAACAAACACCUAACCGGCGAUAUGUCCGUUGCAGACGUCGCAUCUCGCACCUCACAAGCCGUUGCAUUUGGGCAGGCCAAGGACGACCAAUCUGACUCCGACGGCGCUCUCUUUGACGAGACAGCCUCCGCCUAUCGCCGCCUCAGACUCCAGUCCGAAUCCAUCAUAACAUCCACCAUAACUUCGAACACGCUCUCUGCCCUGAAACCCUAUUCCCGAGUCUCGACAUGGACGACACUUUCAACUGGGUCCUCUUCCUCUCUACCUCCAUCCGCCGAUCUAGCACCGGCAAUGAGAACACUGUCUACAAACAUUUCCUUUCUCUCCCGCGCAUUGGGAGUAGCUCCGCUCCGACGCAUCACCCGCCAGGUCCUUAUCCCAAUCCAGAACUUCAUCUGGGGCAACAUUCUCAUGAGAAACACCUUUUCAGCCGCGGGAGCGUUACAGCUGGUCAGCGAUGUAGACCAUCUAUGCAGCGUCGUGGACUCUUCUCUCGGAUCGAUAGGCCACGCAGGUGAUUCGAUCCGGAUGAUGAAGAAACUCAACGAGGGUCUCCUGCUUCUUGGAUUGGAUGCGCAGAAGCAAGAUGAGGGCGAAACACCGGAAGACGAGAAAGAAGCAGGGCGAGUUGGCCUCUGGGACGUUGAAAAAAGGCUAUUCAAGGAUAACGAAAGUGCGAGGGAGAUGCUCGCUGAGUUGGAAAUUGAGAACCUGACUGAGGCUGAAGCACGGACUGUGCUCGAGAAGAGGGUUGAGAUCGCUAGCUAG